AUGCUAUCAAGAAGUAUGGGACUGAUAGUUGUGAAUAUAUUAGAUUUGAGAGCUAAGCUCUGCAGGAAUGCUCAGAAGAAGAGAAAGUCUGCUGCUGCUGAUAUUAUCAAUAAGUAUGAGAAUAAUUUAGAUGAUUUGGUGGAGCUGGACUUUGUGAAAGAUACUAAUAAUAAUAAUGAAUGUAAAUCAAACAUGUAG